AUGGAAAAGGUUCUGGGAGCACUAGCUGCUCUUCAGAGGAGCCGGGUUCAAUCCCCAGCACCCACAGGCACCCACAACUGUCUGCAACCCCAGUUCCAGAAGAGAAAUAAAUUAUUCUUUUCAAAAGAAAAAGACGUAAAGGCCGGAGCGGAAAUGUCACCAGGAGAUUUUCAGGUGGGUCGGCUUGGAAGGUCAGGAGUCGUGCUCCUUCGGGUGGGGAGCACUGGGUUAGGGCGCCGUGGCAUUCAGGGGGUUAAAGCAGUCGCUCUCCUCCGACCUGGGGCUGCGACGUCGCUGCUCCCCACGCUUCAGUUGCUCAGACCCAGUUUUCGGGGAAAGGACUCUGGGAUGCCGCUGUGUGCCCGGCUGUUGUCACAGUUGGGUACGGAGAAGGACCGGCCUGGAGAGCAUCUUCAGAAGGUUCUCCCAAACCGUGGCGCUCUCGGCGCUGCUCAGAGUGCCUUAUCUCAAAGAAGAAGAGAAAUGAUCCUGAGGGGCAAAGCAGACUUCUCAGAUAACAGAAAUGGUGACUUUCCAAACCAGAGCGGAAGGUGCUACUGCUCGCCCAGGAGCCAAACUGCAGGCAAGGGGCAGGGAGAGCGCCGGGCAGGAAGAGGCUGGGAUGCUGGGCAGGGGGAAAGCGCUGGGGCGCAGAGGAAAAGCGUUACGGUGCUCCUGUCCUCUCGCUGCAAAGAUGUGUCCCGUUUUCCUAAAGUGUUUGGCGUGUCUCUGAAGGCAGGAGAAACUCGAGAGAGACAGGGUACAGUCUCAGGGACGGACCCUGCCGUUCCUACUCAAGAUCUCUCGCGCAUAAAGACGUGCUCUCGACCCUCAGACGAGCCUCUCUGGACUUUGACAGCCUAAACGGCCCCUCGGCAGGUUUGACUACGAAGAAAAGGAAAACCUUAAGACUCCAAAUUCCUGAUGAGUUACCACAGCAAAGUUUUCACAACCCUCUGGCGCAAUUUCACAGUCUUCUCGCUGUGGCUGUUCAUAUACUGCGAAAGGAGGCCACUGAGUUUAUGGUGGCCAGUGGGACAGACAAGAAAUGACCUGAAAGCCCAGGGGACAGCUGCGUCUCCCGGCUGCUGUCAAGUGCCUCCGGGACGAAUGUGUGCACUUUGGCUUAAAAGGGUUACUAAGUGAUUCCCCUGGGAAUUCCCACUGAGGGUAAGUGAUUCACGGCUUAUUUUCAAACCAUCUCUUUAAUGCUGUUCUUCUAGAUCUACUGCACAGGAUGUAAUAAUAUGUUACAUAGAACAUACUUAUGCAGUGGGUGACAAUCUGCAUUUACCAACACGCUCACUUACCUUACUCAGCUGAUCUGCAUCCAGAGCUGGAAAGCUCAGUAGCUGAACCACGAGCUCAAGUACACCCAGCUGAAGAGGCUCUGAGGAACCAGGAGCCGGGUUAGAGGAGCAAAACCUCUGUGAACAUCUCCUCAGGAGCGUCUCUUCAAGGGUCUGCUGAGGGACAGUCUCCAGCGAUGUCUACCCCGUGCUUGAAGUCUCUGUAUGAGUCCAUCUUUACGUUUUUUUUAUCAUUUUAUUUGUAUGUGCUUAUGGGUAGUCAUGUAGUAAUCCUGUAUAGGUGAUCACACGUGUACACGGUGGGUAACAGUCGGUGGACACAGAGUCCCAGUGGACCGUUGAUUUUGAGGGCCAGUCUCACUGCGUGACCCUCACUGACCCGGGACUCCCUCACAGACACCCAGCUGCUUCUGGUUUUCAAGUACUGUGUGCUGCCAUGUCUAGCCUAAUGGACGCGCGCGCGCGAGCGCACGCGCGUGCGUGCGUGCGUGUGUGUGUGUGUGUGUGUGUGUGUGUGUCAAAAAUUCUAUCCUGUUAUUUCCUUGAUUGACUGAUAUUUCUCUUAAGAAGUCAGUUUGGUGGAGGAAGGUGGAUGGGAAGUAUGGGGAACAGACUAGAGGAGAGGAUGAAGGGAAAACUUUAGUCGGAAUGUAAUAUAUGAG